GCCGACUGUUUUGUUGUCUGUAUUUUAUCUGUGGCUAAAUUUUUACAACUUAGUUUCCCGCAUAUUUUAUAUUGCCGGUAACAGUUAAAAAUAAAUUUUGUAUUGUUUCCGUCUUAAUAUCCUAUACAAAAUGUCGAGUACUUCGCAAAAGCAUAGAAACUUUGUGGCUGAACCUAUGGGAGAGAAGCCUGUAACAGAUUUGGCCGGUGUUGGUGAAGUAUUGGGAAAGAGACUUGAAACUGCUGGUUUUGAUAAGGCUUAUGUUGUGCUGGGUCAGUUCUUAGUCCUAAAGAAAGAUAAAGAAUUAUUUCAAGAAUGGAUGAAAGAAACUUGUAGUGCCAACUCAAAACAGUCCUCUGAUUGUUACGAGUGUUUAAAAGAUUGGUGCGAUGAAUUUUUGUAAAUUCUUGACCUUAUAUUUUUAUAAUGUUCAACUAACAUACACAAAUAUAGAUAUAACAGACAAGUUUGAAAA